AUGCACAUUUUGCUAUUUGGAUUGGAUGCUGCUGGCAAGAUGACCAUUCUGUAUAAACUGAAGUUAGGGGAGAUAGUCACCACCAUUCCUACCACUGGUUUUAACGUGGAAACAGUAGAGUAUAAGAACACUUGUUUCACAGUACGGGAUGUUGGUGGUCAAGACAGAAUUAGGCCUCUCUGGAAGCAUUACUUCCAGAAUACCCAGGGUCUUAUUUUUGUGGUAGAUAGCAAUGAUCGUGGAAGAAUUCAGGAAGCAGCAGAUGAGCUGCAGAAAAUGCUUCUGGUAGAUGACUUGAGAGAUGCAGUACUGCUGCUUUUUGCAAACAAACAGGAUUUGCCAAAUGAUAUGGCCGUCAGUGAAAUGACAGAUAAACUAAGUCUUCAGUCUCUUCAUAACAGAACAUGGUAUGUUCAAGCCACUUGUGCAACACAAGGAACUGGUCUGUAUGAGGGACUUGACUGACUGUCAAAUGAACUUUCAAAACGUUCA